AUGACGCGCUACGCCAUUGAACAAGUCCAGAGUCGCGUCGUAUACCACCAACCCCAAGAGACGGUCACUGCGUUGGACUCGCCGAUAACUUUUAACUUUACUUUCAAGCAAGGGGCUACUGAAGGCAAAGGCACCAAUGCUUUCACCGCCACCUCGGACAGGCUGGGGAACGUAUGGCAUGUCAAUGGGAUCAAUAGGAGCUGCUCGUUGGAUAUCUCGAACACUCGUGGGCCGUGUGUGGACAUUGUCGAGCAGAGGCUCGCGGCUCAGCCCACGGGGACCGCAACUACGGAAAGCCUGUCGACGACAAUCCUUUCGACGUACACGGCACCGAGUCGCUCAUCCCUAUAG